UUUUGUAUUUUUUAAUAUUAAAAUGGGCCCAUAUUAACACGUGACGUUCAAUUAUUGUCCACGUGGGCUCUACAUCAUCAGUUAACAGAAUUUUUAACGAAAAACUUAACGGAUGUAUGAAACUAUCCCAAAAUUAAGACUUGAGGUAUGACUCUGGGAUAAAAACAAAUUUAUGUACCAAAUAUUGAAAACUACGAAACUUCGUAGUAGUAAACAGAUAUUAACUUAUAAUUAAAUUUACAUUACAUCGUUACCCUCUCUCUCUCUAUCUCUCUCCUCCUCCCUGUCUCUCUCUCUCUCUCUCUCUCUCUCUAGUUCCGCUUUUCAGCUAGCUUUUGCCUUAUCUUCAUUACCAAAUAAUCUUUCUUCUCUGCAAUGGCUCUUUUCUGCUCCCAAUCUGCUGCUUCAUGCUUAACUAUUCUGUGCCUAGUUCUUGUUCAAUCCCACUCUGCCAUAAUAUACAGCAUGAGGAACCAUCACCACAACUUCCACCAUCACAGAACAGCUCCAAUGUUCCAAACCAAUCAAUCCAGUUGCGCGUUGUUUGCAGGCACUUGGGUCCAAGACGACUCCUACCCAAUGUACCAAUCCUCUGAGUGCCCCUUAAUCAUCGAUCCAGAAUUCAACUGCCAAAUGUACGGCCGCCCGGACUCCAAUUACCUCAAGUACAGAUGGAGACCCCUCAAUUGUGAGCUCCCAAGGUUCGAUGGGGCUGAGUUUCUGCUCAAAAUGAAAGGGAAAAUCGUGAUGUUUGUAGGGGAUUCACUUGGGAAGAAUCAAUGGGAAUCUUUGGUUUGUCUCAUUUACUCUGCAAAUCCACAAACCCAGACUCAAAUGGUCAAAGGAGUUCCACUUUCAACAUUCAGUUUCCUGGACUACGGUGUGACACUUCAAUUUUACAAAGCUCCGUACCUGGUUGACGUAGAAAUUUAUCAAGGGAAGAGAGUUCUGAGGCUUGAGGACAUUUCGGAGAACAGCAAGGCGUGGCGGAAUGCCGACGUUCUGUCGUUCAACACCGGUCAUUGGUGGAGCCAUGACGGAGGUCUCCAAGGGUGGGAUUACAUGGAGUCAGGAGGGAAAUAUUACAAAGAUAUGGACCGUUUGGCUGCUUUGGAGAAAGGGAUGAAAACAUGGGCUAAUUGGGUUGAUUCCAACAUCGACACCGCACGGACCCGAGUUUUCUUCCUCUCCAUUUCUCCCACACACUUCGACCCAAAUGAAUGGAAUGGUGGUGCAACUCCUAGAACCACCAAGAACUGCUAUGGAGAAACAUCACCUAUGCAAGUGAGCGGAGUAACUUAUCCCGGGACAACUUAUCCAGACCAAAUGAGAGUGAUGAACAGUGUGAUCCGGGACAUGAAAAUCCCUCCAUCUUUGCUGGACAUCACAAUGCUUUCAGAGCUGAGAAAAGACGGGCACCCAUCAAUCUACAGUGGAGAAUUAAGCCCUCAGCAGAGAGCCAAUCCUGACCGUUCAGCAGAUUGCAGCCAUUGGUGCCUUCCUGGACUGCCAGACACUUGGAACCAACUCUUUUACACAACUUUGCUCUUCUAAUUUUUAUUUUAUUUGCAAUCUAGUUAAUUAACAAGUUAUUUAGGUUUUAUUUUAUGUUGUGAUACAUUUAUGAUGAGAGAGUGCGAAAUUUGCGGCUCUAUCUUGAUACACUAAGUGUAGUAAUACAAUUGGUUGAAAAUUUGAAAAGAAAUGUUUCUAACCAAUUGUAUUAAUACAUUAUUAUACCAAGCUGUGCUUUUGACACACUGGAAAAUUUAAAAUGAGGUUCUUAUUUCCUCAUCAUUUUUUAAAUUAUAGAAUUCUUUAACGUUUUUAUUA